AUCCACCCUCGCAUCCACCCUCGCAUCCACCCACACGUCGCAGCCGCAGCAUGGCGACGCUGCUCCAGGCGCUGGCACCCGCGCCGCCGCCUGCCGCAGCGCUCCUCGCCCACCCGCUCCUCAGCGGCGCGCCCAGCAGCGCCGAGCUGCAUGCCGCCAUCGUCGAGCUUGAGCAGGCCACGCUGCCCGCCAACCGCGCCGCCCUCGAUGCUGCGCGCCGUGCACUGCUCGCCGAGCUCGCAGCGCAGCAGGAGCAGUCGCGCGCCCACAGCGCCGCACUCGCCGAGCUGCCCGCGCAGCUCGAGGCCGCCGAGGAUGCGCUGCUCGAGCUCUGCACCGAGCUCGGCCUCGACGACGCACCGGCGGGCGACGCUGACGCCGAGGCCGGCCUGUCGCGCAGCACGCCCGCGCCCGACGCGCCGCUGCAACAGCUGCUGCGCCAGCGCGACGACGUUGCCGAGGCCAGUGCCGCACGCCUCUACCUCACGCUCCUGGCGCGCGCCGACGAGCUGCGCGAUGCCGUCCUCGUGCCCGGCAAGAGCACUAAGGCGCGCCUGGAGGCGCUGCGUACUCUGUGUGCGCUGCUGGCAGAUGCUCGCGCGGCCUGCGCUGCGGACGAGGAGGAGCUCGAGACGAUCGCGCCGGCCGCAGCGCAGUAUCUGGUAGACCAGCGCGACGCAGCCUUCUCGGGGCUGCGCACGGAGCUCGAAGACGGGCUCAAGACUGCGCUGGACCAGGCCGGCUGGCCGCCAGCGCCAGCGGAGGUCGCUGAGGCCCGGGGCGAGGUUACACGCACCGGUGCGGAGGUACUCGCUGCGCCGCCAGUGCGAGAAGCCUGGCUGCGCCUCUGCCGGCUGCAGCGCGUCGCCGUGCGCGCACGUCUCGUGCCGCCGCCGUCGUACGAGGCGUCCAGCGAGGAGCCGGCCGGCGCCGUCUCGUACGCGCCCCUGUUCGCGACCCAGGUGCUGUGCGCGCCGCUGCUGGCGCGCUUCGCCUACCACUUUGAUGGCAACAAGAGCACCAACCGGCUGGACAAGCCGCAGUGGGCGCUGGCGCACAUGUCCUCGCUGCUGCGCCUGCACUCUGCGCUUUUCACCCCGCGCGGCGCCGUCUUCGAGCUCUUCUCUGCCGGCGGCUAUGCUGGCGUCGGCCCGCGCGAGCUCGUGAAUGCUCUUCUCGUGCCGCUGCGUGUCAAGACGCAGGCUGCUCGGCAGGUCCUGCAGGCCAGCCCGGCGAUUCUGGCGCACACAGUGGGCGCCCUGCUGGCGUUUGACGACGAGCUGCGCGGCCUCGUGCCCUCGCUCGGCCCAGCAGAGCGGCUUGCCGACACGCUCCUCAACGAUGCACCCACGUUCGAUGCCUGGCUGGAAGGCGAGCGGUCCGAGGCCACCGAGCAGCUCGAGGAGAUUCUCUCGUCGCCCGAUGCCUGGGCCAUCGGGCCGGCGGACACGGACGGAGACGACGAGCCACAGACGUGGGAAGCAGCCGCUCUGCAGGCACGCACGGCUGGCGUGCAGACCACACACUCUGCACGCGGCAUCUGCACACUCCAGGCGGCACUCGCCGAGCGUGCUGCGCCGCUGCGCUCGCUCCCGCAGCGCAUCGGCUUCCUCGCGAUCCAGGACGAGCUGUUGCGGACCUACGCCGGCCGGCUGUCCCGCUCGCUCGACGCGUUCGAGUCGCUCUCGUCUGCCUUUGCGCGUGCGCUGCCCGGCGGCAUGGGAUCCGACACGGGCGAGGCCGACAUGGUGCGCGGGCUGCGCGGCUCCAGCAGACUGCUCAAGGCGCUGCUGUCGGCCUCCUUCAUCGAAGCGCACCUCGAGCGCGCCGGCACCGAGGGCUCGGCGGUGCAGCUCGGCGCUGAUCUGAGCCUGCAGACGCCCGAGGCGCAGCGAGCCCGAGAGACGCGCAACGCCUGGCGGAGCGAGCGCGAGGACCGCGAGGUCGACGGCGCCAGCCUUGGCGAGCUGGUGCGCCGCGGCAUGCGCACUGGCGUCUCCCUACGGCCACUCGGCGGAGGCCAUGCAACAGCUGCGCCAGCGGCAAAGACUGCUGCUUCCGAGGAAGAUGCAGACGUCUGGCGCGAGGCAAAGGUGCGCUUCGGCGAGCUGGCGGCUCGCGCGAGCAGAGGGCUCGAGCGUCUGGUCAUCUCGGAGACGACCGAGGCGAUGCGCGACUACUCCAUGCGGCAUUGGGACGCGUCGGCCCCGUCACGGCAAGUGUCUGUGGAGCCCGACGCGACGGAGGACAGCAGCGGCGCAGACGGCUCGCCGGACGAGGAUGAUCCGUCCGACGUGCCGACGCCGUCGCUCAUUCCGAGUCUCUCGCUGCUGUCGUCGCACCUGCUGCAUCUCGUGCCUGUGCUGCAGCCGGUGCAGUGCCUGCCGAUCUAUCGUGCCAUCGCUACGGCAAUCGCAGGCGCCGUAGUGGAGCGAGUGGUCAUGAGCGGCGGCGCACAUCGCUUCGACGCACAGGGCGCACGCCGCUUCGAGCAAGACUACACGUCUGGCUGGCUCGCCGUCGUGCGCGAGGUGUCGGCCAGCGCAACGCAGGCGGCCAGCGCGACCGGCUCGCGGCUGCCCGGCGUUGGUCGCCGCCCAGAAGCGCCGUGGCAGCGCCUGCGCGACGCCGUUGUGCUGCUCUCGCUGCCCACGUCGACGGCCGGCGCCACGGCGAGCCACGCCGCCGCCGCCGCCGCGACGGCCGAGCGCCUCGGCCUCUCGGAGGCGGCGCGCGGCGUGACGCUGAGCCAGGCCACGCGCGCCCUCUUCGAUGAGCCCGACGACGACGCGCGCGGCUGGCCGGCGCUGCGCGCCACGCUCGACGUCUCCGAGGCGCUCGAGCUGCGCGUGGCGCGCGAGCUGGUGCGCCGCCGCGUCGAGUGCUUCCGGUAGCAAGCAAUGCAAUGCUGCAGCACGGCGAGGUGUGAUGCUUGUGCUCUGUGAUGCUGUGUGGCGAUCAGAGCCAUGCUACGAUGUGCGUCUUGAGGCGGCCGAGGGAGCGAGGCAUCGGCGUCGGCGCCCCUCGUCGACAGGGCGGGCAAUCAAGCCACAAGCAGGCCCCCUCUCGCCAGGGGCCUUCCGCCUGCCGCCUGCACUUCAUCAGAGACAGAGUGGUCCUCCUCGAGGACCUGCGCCUGGGAGCAGCAGGGCUAAGGCAGGCUGCCCCUGCCCACCCAGCCGUGAGCCUUGAUGCUUAUUCUGCGGCUGCAGUGCUGCGGCGGCGGCCCACGCGAGCGGCGCGUGCAGCUGCGCCCGAGAUGCAGCGGGGCGCAACAGAGCGCGGCGGGCCAACGGCGCAUGGCGAUCAUGCACGCUGCGCCCGUGUGCUUUCCUGCGAGCGGCAAGAGAAGGAACGGGUGCAUCUUGCGCCGGC